AUGCCUUCAGCUGUGCAGGUUUAGGUCGCUGUCCUCCGCAUUCACUCACUGACUUGAACUUGAGUAACAUGUGUGAGGGCGAUGGGCCAUGGGACUCCUGAUAAUAUGAACUGGGCUGGACUAUUGCAGAAUCUGCUGGUGGUGGUCCAUCUGCAGCAGUUCAUAUGUGGUUCUGUCCGAUUUUCUAUCCCAGAGGAGCAGGAGCCUGGUAGUCUGGCAGGGUCACUUAGUAAACACUUUCCACCUCAGUACCAGCUCCUGACCCAAGAGUAUCUGUGGAUGGACAAAAACACAGGCAAUUUCUACACCACUGAACAAAAGAUGGAUCGUGAGACCCUCUGCCCCGAGGAGACAAAAGCUGAGGAAUGCAUUAUAUUACACAAUGCUGUCGUUGGGCCCUCGGGAGACCUUAUACAGUUUCCUGUGAUCAUAGAGGACAUCAAUGACAAUGCACCUCAUUUUGAAAACAGUGAAAUACACCUGAGGGUGUCUGAGGACAUGACUGUGGGGACCAGUUUCAUACUAGAUGACCAGGCUCAGGACAGGGAUGCUGGACCAAACGGCGAGCUGCAUUACCGCCUAGAAGAUUCUGAUGGAGUUUUCAGUUUAAAAGUGGAAGAAGACGGGCCUUUCAUCAUGCUGGUAGUGCAAACAGCUCUGGACAGGGAGACUCGGGACAUGUAUCACAUGGCACUGGUGGCCACCGACUGUGGCUCAGAGCCUUUAAGUGCUACAGCAACUUUAAUAGUCACAGUGACAGAUGUUAAUGACAACUGUCCAAGCUUCAGCGCUGACAGCCCCCGCAAUGUCACCGUCCCCGGAGACUCCCCGAAGAACAUGCUGGUUGCUCGGGUCAGAGCCACAGACCAAGAUUCAGGCCCGAAUGCUGCCAUCGUCUACUCCCUCAGUCCCAAAGUCUCAGAGCGGGCCAAGAAACUCUUUAGCCUCGACAGCGUCACUGGCCACAUCAGACUAACGCAGGACCUCCAGAGUGACAUCUCCGAGGUGCUGCUGUUGAACGUGUUAGCUAGCGGCCAUCACUGCCCCCCAGCAGACACUCAGGUAACCGUAUCCGUCCUCCCCAAGGCGAACCAAGAGCUGACCAUCAAGAUCGGGUUCAUAGCAGAGCAUCAAAACCAGACUAUAGUGUUACCAGAGAACCAGCCCCCCACCGUCUUAGCUGUUUUAGAGCUCGAGGGUGACAGCAGAUUUAAAGGCUCAUCUCUUGCCAUUGAGAGCGAGGUGCCUUUCACUUUGAGCCCACAGAAUGGCAAAUAUCUGCUUUCCACAUCAAAGUCCCUAGACUAUGAGAUGAAAAGUGAACAUUAUAUUUAUGUGGUAGUGCAGGGGAGAUCAGCUGAGGGAUCUGUGAUCAUUUCUUCCAGACGAGUGAUCAGGGUGUUGGUGGCAGAUGUCAACGAUAAUGCUCCACUUUUCUUCCAGUCUCACUAUCAGCUGGAGGUGGAGGAAAACAACCAGCCAGGGAUGUCACUGCUGAGGGUCUCAGCGUCGGACGCAGACAGUGGAUACAACGGCAGGGUGACCUACAGACUGGACAAACACACAUCUACCAUCUUUAACAUUGCCCCCGAGACAGGUCAACUGUCUGUGUCAGCCGUUCUGGAUAGGGAACAGCAGGGUGUGUACAAUCUCACUGUGUUUGCACAAGAUAGCGGCUCGCCUCCCUUGGAGUCAGUGGCUACAGUAUCCAUUCGUGUUCUGGACCACAAUGACAAUGCACCUGUUUUUCUGACCCCUCACUUCAUCUUUUUUAUCCGUGAGGAUGUACCACCGUUCGCCCAGGUGGGGGGGGUUGGGGUGACAGACCCAGACGAAGGAGAGAACGGGAACACAGAGUUGCAUGUUGUAAACAGCAGUGGACCUUUUGUUGUGGAUAACACCGACGGGACACUGCGCACCACCAACAACUUGGACCGCGAGACAGACGAUCGCUAUGAACUCUACCUGCUGGCCAGCGAUCAUGGGCGCCCGUUCGCUUUGACUUCCACUGCCAGGGUAACUAUCUUUGUGGAGGACAUCAAUGACAACCAGCCAAAAGUGAUCCUUCCCAGCAGCAACUCCUCGUGCCAAACUGUCUCUCCAGCUACCAUUGCAGGCACCAUAAUAGCAAAGAUCUAUGCCAUCGACGAGGACUCGGGGCUGAAUUCGGAGAUUACCUACACUGUUGUGGCGCCAGAGUCAGUGCGAAACAGCAGCCCCUUCCGGUUGGACUCAAGGUCAGGGAACAUCACCGUAGCUCAGCAAUUUCUACAGAAAGACUUGGGAAUGCAUCACCUGUUUAUUGUGGUCAGAGAUGGGGGGAAACCAGCUCCACUUUAUACCACUAUCUGGGUUAAUCUGUUGGUCAAUGAGAGCGUGGGGCCCUGCAACUUAGACAGGGCGCCCACCUGGACAGGGACAUCUGACUUGCAUCAAACCCCCUCAAAGGCCCCCAUAUGCGAGGUGGAGGACACCAGAUCUGCUCAGCUGACGCUGUUAGUAGGCCUGGGUAUGAUGCUGGUAUCCACAUGUUUGCUUGUGGCGACAGUUGUUUUAUACCUGAAACAGAAGAGAAGAAGUCUACAACAGAACAAGAGGGGGCACAUUGAGGAAAUUGAGAUUCCACUCAGGCUCAAAGACAAAUAUUACUCUGAUGAUUAACAGAAUAAAGCAAGUAAUGUGUGUAAUCCUCAGUCGCACUUUGUCAAGGAUGAAAUCAGACUGUGAAUUGAAUACAUUCUGAAUAUUUGUCAAAGGCUUCUUGCAUUUUGAUAAUCAAAUUUGUUGAAAUGUUCAGAUACACAGUGUAUUCAAACAUUGUAAAACUGCAACAUUCUGUGGAAAUAAAGUAGAUCCAUUUUCUGAUAAGCUGCCUGGAAAGCGUAUAAAAAGGUGAUCUGAUAAGUGCAGUAUUUGAAGUUACCAGCAGAGAGUUGCAGACAAAUGCAGAACACUGUAUUUUUACAUUUGAUGUGUACAGUGUAGUCAUCAUAAGAUGGAGCAUAUCACAGUGAGGCAUUGCUAAAAUACCAGUCAUUAUCAUCAGGGAUUAUUCUCCAUGACCCCUGCAGUGACAAGAAGACUGGGGGUAAUGGUCCGCUAUAAGUCGAUUGUGUCUUUCUCAGAUUUCUGACUCAGAGUGAUGGGGAGUCUAAAGUAUUUAGACACACAAAAGGGUUUAAUGUUCCUCCACUGGGGAGGUGAUGAAAGUCUCUCAAGCUCUGAGAUGACCACAGGAGGCGGAGCGCAGCUGUGGACAGGUGAGAGGCGUCAGAGGGAAGGGACACCACCAUCUCAAGUCACCGCCUCACACCUGUUAUCCGAUAGCGCUGCUACUCACCGACAGCGCUGGAUCGCACCCAAAAGGCAGAAAAAAAACCUACUGUACUGCACCCGGUAAGCCAACAGGCUUGUUGUUUUGAUGACAGCUGUUUGGAAUGAAAACACGCUGUGUUCAAAGAAAUCGUUGCAAAAGGCAGUUAUUACUGGUACAUUUGUGUGCUGGGGAACAAUUGAGAUAUCAAAACCAGGUUAAGUGAUGCAUAAAAUAUGAAUGAGUCAGGGUAAAACAUUUUUUACAAAUCUGUGAACACACAAUUGCACAAAGAGGGUGGGAUAAUUGUUUUAGCUUUUACCAAAGGAAAUGGGCUUUUAUCUUUACGAU